UCAUUUCAUUGUAAUUGUUUCAUACGUUGCAUUCAUGCAUAGUUUCAGGUUUUUAGUUGUUUUUCCGCUAAUACUGAACUAGUACUGUCUAGAAGUUUUGGAAAUUAUGCGCAUGAGCAUGUUUGGAUGGCGGAAGCGGUUGUUUCCAGUUCAUUCGUUGGUUGCCGUUAUUGUUGCUGGCUCAGUUGCUUACUUAACAUGUAGAAAUCUGGAAAAAACAAUGUCUGUCACAUUCAUGUUUACAGCAUGCAGCAAUAUACGAGUCAGUCUGAUGAGGAAAAUACAAUCAGAGUUGAUAUUAGCAAAGUUUUCGAAGAGCAAAUUAAACCUGAAGAAUUUAGAACCUGGGAUGACGUUGAAAAAGCUUUGAAGCUUUUUGAGAAGUUAACAAACACCCGGUAUAUUGUGAAAGAAUCGAAAUUAAAUAAGGAUGAGCCACAUGUGAAGUAUGACUAUGCGGUGUAUGUAUGUACUUUUGGAUACAAAAGGAAAUCCGUAAGCAAUCACAUCCGCCUUAGAGGAUCUAAAUACUGUGGUUGCCCAUCAAUGAUACGAAUCCGAUAUCAUUGCAAUGAAUUCAUUAUACCAUCUGUAUAUAUGAUUCAUAAUCACUAUUGCACUCGUGAUUAUUUAAUGAAGGAUGCUAGAGCACGCAAAUUAGAUGAGUCUGAACUUUCUAUAGUUAAGCCGAUGCUGUCUGUUUCAUCCGAUCCUGAGAAGGUUAUUGAUUACGUUGCAGAACGAUUCCAAAAAAGGAUGACGUACAAUGAUCUACGAAAUAUAAGAGCUACUGUAGUUGAAGAUUGUGAUUUACAGUCAGUGGUUUUUUCCAGAUUACACCAAGCUGGCAAAUUGGUUAUAAUUCGGGGUGAAAACGAUGGAAGAAUAAAAAUAGCAUGUUUUAGUUCAAAUAGGCAAAUCGAAAUUUACCACAAAUUCCCUGAGGUCGUGAGUUUCGAUUCCACCUACAACACUAAUAGAGGAAAGUAGGUGUAAAUGUUUUCUACAUCAAAU